AUGUAUGGGAAACCCGGCAAGGAGAAAUCACGACUAAGGUCUAAAGGACCCCGGAUCUUGAAGAUCUCCUUUUUGAAUUCUUCAUUCGCUCUGGACUUCGGAGCAGGGCUAUUUGAUGAUGAUUCUUACUCCCAGUUGCAGCAUUGUCAAAGAGGUGUCAAGCAACCUCAUGCUUGUAGAAUGAAGAUUAAAUUCACGACAGUUUUGGCCAUAGCAAAAUUUUCCACGUAA